ACGUCACUCAAACACAAAGCGGAAGUGCACAAGGAAGCGGCAGACAAACACAAGAGAUAGCAGUGCCACCACGGGAUAAAAAACACACUAACGGAUGUUGUGGGUGUCUCACGAGGUGAGAGUCCGGUCCAUCACGCAGAAACACGUCUCUGUGACUUCCUGUCUGGUUUAAUGAUCUGAAAUAGAUAUGCUUUUAGCGGGUUACGCUCACGGAAAAGCCCCGGCUUCAGAUAAGAAGCCCACGCCCCUGCGUCAAAAAGCGGAGAAAUGUCAACUGAGGAGGGAGGAGAAGGAAAACGUGGUCAACCCGUGGCCAUGUCGCCUGAAAGAAUGACCACUGACAAAAGCCGAGAGAACGAGCGCGAGGUCGAGGCCGCGGGAAGCACGGCGGACACCAGCACCACCGCCAAGAACCUGGCCCUGCUCAAAGCGCACUCUCUGGACGUGAAGUUCGACGUCGGGGAGGAGUACGAUAUCAUCGAAACCAUCGGCACAGGCGCCUACGGCGUCGUCUCCUCGGCCAGGAGAAGGGACAACGGCCAGAAAGUGGCGAUUAAAAAGAUCUCCAAUGCGUUUGAGGUUUUGACGAAUGCGAAGCGCACGCUGCGAGAGCUGAAGAUCCUCAAGCACUUCAAGCAUGACAACAUCAUCGCCAUCAAAGACAUCCUGCAGCCGAACCUUCCUCACGCCGCCUUCAAGUCUGUGUACGUCGUGCUGGACCUCAUGGAGAGUGACCUGCACCAGAUCAUACACUCCUCCCAGACGCUCACCUCAGAACACACACGCUACUUCCUGUACCAGCUCCUCCGCGGCCUCAAGUACGUGCACUCGGCCAACGUCAUCCACCGCGACCUCAAACCCUCCAACCUGCUGGUGAACGAGAACUGCGAGCUGAAAAUCGGCGACUUCGGCAUGGCGAGGGGUCUGAGUCUGCACCCGGAGGAGUCCCACUCCUUCAUGACGGAGUACGUGGCCACUCGGUGGUACCGUGCCCCCGAACUCCUGCUGUCUCUCAACCACUACAGCCUGGCCAUCGACCUGUGGUCCGUGGGCUGCAUCUUUGCCGAAAUGUUGGGGCGGAAGCAGCUCUUCCCCGGGAGGCACUACGUCCACCAGCUCACGCUCAUCCUGGGUGUGUUAGGCACGCCCCCCGAGAAGUUGAUCAGUACCAUCAGGGCCGACCGAGUGCGCUCCUACGUCCAGAGCCUUCCGUCGCGCUCCGCCGUGCCUUUGGCCAAACUGUACCCGCAGGCGGAGGCGGAGGCUUUGGACCUGCUGGUGGCCAUGUUGCGUUUCGACCCUCGCGAAAGGAUCACCGUGACGCAAGCGCUGGAGCACCCUUACCUGUCCAAGUAUCACGACCAAGACGACGAGCCGAUCUGCGUGCCGGCUUUUGACUUCGAAUUCGACAAGCUGCCGAUGAACAAGGAUCAAAUCAAAGAGGCGAUCUUGAUGGAGAUCCAGGACUUUCACCAGAACAAGCAGGGCUGCCGUCAGCGGCUGCGGUUCAGGCCCUUGGCGAGGGCCGGCGGCCGAGCCGCAGCGCAAAGCGCCGGCCAGUGUGACGCUCAGCCCGCCACGGUUAGCUUUGGCAAAUCAACGCUGGUUCCUAUGGGACAACACCAGCACGCGGCACAGGUACAGCAACAGCAAAUGAGUGAAGUGGAAUCUCAACGGCAGCGAGAUCACACGCCAGCAGAAGGGAACCACGCGUUUGCCCAUCAGAUGCGGAGCUUUGACGAGCCGCCGUCCCUUUCGGAAGGGGCCCCGCCCCACGCCACCCACCAUUUGCAUCUUCUCUCCAAAAGCGAAAGCGGCCCGGUCGACGUGGACAUGCCCAGCGCCAACUCGGACAGCGGCCAGCCGGAGACCAUAGAUCUAACCACGCCCGUGUCGAGUCAGGAGGCCGCCCUGGAGAGCAUGCGAGGCGGCGGGGCGCAGGAGCAGCUGACUGGGAGCCCGGCUGCCACUGCGGCCCCCGCCGCGCCGGCACCGAGCAUGACCCCCCUACCUGCCACCGUGCCGUCGCUUUGUCUCUCCGUGACACAGGUCCAGUCGCUGUCUCAGUCCCUUUCUCAGUCGCUGUCCAAGAACGCCAGGCCGCCUCCGGGUGCCGCAGAGGGGACCCGGAAGGAAGGGGCCAUUUCAGAGGACACCAAAGCGGCACUCAAAGCAGCUUUGUUGAAAUCAGCUCUUAGGAAUAAAGCCAGGGGGGAUGGAGGAACCUCGGCGCUGGGCACCGACGCCGGCGCAGGAGGCGGCGCGUCGUCCUCCCAGUCCUCCGUUCCGGAUUUCCGCCGACCUGUCACGGCACAGGAGCGUCAGCGAGAAAGGGAGGAGAAGAGAAGGAAGCGGCAGGAGCGAGCGAGAGAGCGGGAGAGGAAAAUGAAGGAAAAGGCGAGAAGAGAGGGCAAACAGGGGGACUCGCUGGGCGGGGUCCUGCUGAGCGACAACGACAAGAGCCUCUUGCAACGAUGGACAAUGAUGAUGGACUGUCGGAGCGAGAGAACGCCGACCCCUGAUAGCGACGGCGCGAAGGGUAAAGACUGCGGCGCGAACGCUCGGGGGGGCGUGGCUAUCGGCGACGACACCACCCCAGGAGCGCUCAACCACACAGCGGGCAAAGAGGCCAGGUCCCACGAACAGUUAGUCCCUCGAGUGGAAGCUAACCAGCAGGACGUGUUCCCGCCUCCCGGUACCCAGCAGCCACCGCUGCUUUUCCCCAUGAGCCAGAGGAAGCCCGCAGCGGAUGUGGUCGUAGCCGUGAGCGGAGGGAGGGACAUACUGACGCUCCCCGGGGGGUUCGUCGAGAACAACGCGCUCAAACCGCAGAGCGAGAGCAACGGCGGUUUCGGCUGUUUGGGCAACUGGAAUCGAGUCGAGGCCAGGCCGGCGCAACCAGGCAGGAAGCCGCAGGCGGCGGCGGCGUCAUCGUCGCCACCGCCGCCGCCGCCGAGCUUCCUUCGGCCCCAGCACCAACCUCAAGGUCCAACCCAGCCUAACCCUCAACCCCAGUCGCAUCUGCUUCCUCUGGAGAGUUUUUUAACUAAAGCGCCGACAUCAACCGCCCGAGAGACAAACGGGAAUGGCGGGCGCCGAAACAACCCCCACCACAACCCCUCGGCGGCGGCGUCCUGCUCGAUGGAGAAGCUGUGCCCCUCCGUAGGAGAGAAAUCCAGAGCGCAGGCCGUGCACCCUCUCUGUGGGUCUGUAGGGGUCCCCUCACAGCCUCAUCCCAGUUUGGGAUUCACAGAUACUGGACAGCAGGGGCCCCCCGCUACCCCCGACAUCCAUACAGUAACACUGCAGCUCUCAAAGUCCCAGGUGGAGGACGUCCUGCCCCCGGUGUUCUCUGUCACCCCUAAAGGCAGCGGGGCCGGGUACGGCGUGGGCUUCGACCUGGAUGACCUCCUCAGCCAGUCUCUCACAGACCUGCAACACUGCGACAGCUACGACUCGGCCCCCCUCUCGGCGUCCCUGUUGUCUGAUUGGAGCGAGGUUCACCGCAUGACUCCCGCUGACCUGGAAUCGCUGCAGCAGGAGUUGCAGCUUGGGUCUCCCAUGAUCCUCUCUGAUAACAUUCCCCCUGACGCCUGACAGUCGCUGCCUGGAAUUUAAAAGGCACCUCUGAGAUUUGUUUGAAUCUUAGAUUUUAGAAGUAAAGACUUCAAAUCAAAAUUCAAAAGCUAGAUUCUUAAUUUUUUCACUACCAUGCCAUCUUUUUUUACCAUUAUGACAUGCAACGCUUUUCUUUUUAAUAAAGAAAACUGUCAUCACC